GCUAUUUCAUAUCUUUAAAUCAAACGGCUACGGGCGUAAAGUUCACUAGAACAAUAAAUUAAAACAAUGUUGGUUAAAACCUUGUGAAAUGGCUCCCGGAAUUAAAACCCUUAAAAGGGGCAGUGUGACCCUGCAAAAAGCAGCGAAAGUUGUUAAUGACCAAAUAGGUUCCAGACAAGUUUUAGUAGUAUUUGUACUAACAGGCUUCAUUUUAUGUGGAAUAGUAGAACAAAGUGCUUCCGUAGCACUAAGAGCCAAUAGUACUUCAGUAUAUUCAGCAGAAGAGUUUGCCGAAUAUAUUGAAAAUACAAGUUAUAUUACAAGAUACUGCCAAACUAUGGAUCGUAAUGACUCUGAAAGUACCUACACAAUUCAUGUUGUCAGGUCAAUACCACAUAUCGAGAUUCCAAUGACCAGAACAGACGAAACAGAAGGAAUAUUGCGUCAGGCUUUUAUGUGGGGUACUUUAGUUUCACCGUUAGCAGCUAGUAGGAUUGCAGCUAGAGUUGGAGCUGAGAGACUUUAUGGAGUAGGAGUUCUGGGAACUGGAGUUGUAGCAGUACUGGUGCCUGCCAGUUGGUUAACUGCUGGACAUGUUUGCGUAAGAAUUGUCCAAGGAAUAUUUAUGGGGGCCACAUGGCCAGCAGCCCAUAUGUUAGCAGUGACUUGGAUUAAACCUAAAAAUAUAAGUGCAUUUGUGUCUUUAUAUUCUGCCGUUAAUCUAGGAUAUUCUGUAGUAGGCAUAUUAGGAACCCUGCUGGUGAGAAAACUGGGACGUGAUUGGUUGAGCUAUGUAAUAUCAGUUAUCUCUGGAAUCUGGUAUUUUUUAUGGUGGAGGUUUGUGGAAGAGUCUUUGCAUCCUAAUAGGCCCAAAAGAGAUGAACACAGAAAUUUACCAUGGAGGAAAUUGCUGGCGUCGAAGCCAGCUUGGGCAUGUGGAGUGGCUGUAGUUGGCAGCCAGUGGGCUGACGCAACCCUUAUGUUAGGAGUUACCAAAUAUUUAAAAUUGGUUUACGGAUUCUCAAUUGAAUAUGCCGAUAUCUUGCAAUCCAUGCCACACAUAGGACACUUUUUUGCUGCAAUAACAUUCGGAAUAGUUGUUGACCAUGUUAGGGAGUCCGGCAUAGUAUCUACAACGACUGCAAGGAAAUUAUUUGUUUACAUGUCUCAUUUUCCCCCAGCUGCCUUGAUGUUCGUCCUUGGGUAUACUGGAUGCGAUCCUGCAGCUCCUGCUGCAAUGUAUGUUGCUGCUUUAGCUAUGACCGGAGCGACACCAGCUGGAGUAUUUUCAAGUGCUGCUGAUAUUGCACCUAAUUUUGCAGGUACUGUUUUUGGACUUUGCCAAACUGUAGGAGCCGCAGGGCUCUUAGCUGCAAAUUAUGCCGUUUCGGAAGGACUGCAUGGAUCGUUUGCAGGUUGGUGGCGAUUAGUUUUUGGUAUUUCAACAGCUAUUUUGCUUUUUACAUCCAUAUUUUUCAUGAUUUGGGGAAGUGGUUCCGUGCAGUAUUGGAAUGAACCUGAAAAAGAAGGUUCUCUUUAUGAGUUAGAAGAUGUCGAUGUUGAGGAACCAUCUAGAUUAGAUUCUGUAUUGGAAUAGAUGUUUGUUAAAUAUUGUACCUGCAAAUAAACCAAGACAUAUUUAUUUAUUUA